AUGCAUGAACGAGACUCAGUUUCAUGGAACACCAUGAUUGAUUCAUACGCCAAAGUCGGCAACAUGGUAGCAGCUCGAGAACUAUUUAACCUAAUGGAUCACAAAACCCUAAUUUCUUGGACCAUUAUGAUCAAUGGCUAUUCACAACACCAAAAUCCCAAAGAAGCAUUAACCCUCUUCAAUCUAAUGCUUUCCCACAACAUAAAACCCGAUAAAUUUUGCAUCAUAGGCUCUAUAUCAGCAUGUGCCCAAUUGGGCGCACUCGAUUCAGGACGGUGGCUUCAUACAUACAUCAAAAAGACGAAAAUACCCCUUGAUGUCGUGGUAAACACAACCCUCAUCGACAUGUAUAUGAAAUGUGGUGGAAUUGAAGAGGCACAUGCGGUUUUCAAUAGCAUGUUGGAAAGAAACGUUAUUACUUAUAAUGUUAUGAUUUCCGGACUUGGAAUCAACAAUUCCGGUGCCGAAGCUUUGAGAUAUUUUUAUCAAAUGGAGCAAGACGGAAUGGAAUUGGACGAUUUGGUAUACAUGAGUGUUUUAUCAGCAUGUAGUCAUGCGGGAUUUGUGACGGAAGGAGUUGAAAUCUUUAAAAGAAUACGAAAUCCGAAGGUCGAACACUACGGAUGCUUAAUCGAUCUUCUUGUUCGAAAGGGCGAAUUUGGAAAAGCAUUAAAUUUUAUCGGAUCGAUGCCGAUGGAACCGAAUGUAGAUUUGUGGGGUUCGGUUCUUUUAGGGUGUAGGGUAUGGAAGAAUGUUGGAUUGGGUGAAUUUGUGGUGGAUCGGUUGAAAGAGAUUAGUGGGGAUGAUCGUGGAGUUUAUGUUCUUAUGUCGAAUAUUUAUGCGGAUAGUGGAAUGUGGGAUGGUGUGGCGGCGAUGAGAAGGAUUGUGGCGGUGAAAGGGGUGGUGGAGGGUGGGAAGAGUGUGAUUGAGGUGGUUGGUGGCGGUGUUGAGGAGUUUGUUUCGGGUAAAAAUGGUGGGGUUUGUGGGGAUGAUAUCGAAGAGGUUGUUUGUAGUUUAUCUAAGAUGUUGGAUUUGGAAUAUGAGGGUUAA